GGGAGCAGAAGGCAUGGGGCAUGCUGGGCGCCAGUUCCAAGCUCUGCUCUGGAAGAAUUGGCUCUGCAGACUCAGGCACCCGGUUCUUUCCCUCGCUGAAUUCUUCUGGCCAUGUAUCCUGUUCAUGAUUCUGACAAUACUUCGCUUUCAAGAACCUCCCAGACAUAGAGACAGUUGUUACUUGCAGCCCAGAGAUCUGCCCAGCCGGGGCGUUCUCCCCUUUGUGCAAGGCCUUCUUUGUAACACUGGGUCAAGGUGCAGGAACUUCAGCUUUGCGGAGUCGAUGGAGCACCAUUUUCGUUUGUCUAGGUCCCAAUCUGCAGCUGACCACAAGAAGGUCAACAACCUGACUUUUUUAAAAGAGAUACAGGACCUGGCUGAGGAAGUUUAUGAAACGAUGAACAAGGCAAAAAACUUACAAAAACUUUGGGUAGAAAGAUCCAAGGCUUCAGAUUCUUUUUAUGGUUCCAGCUUUUUAACAAUGGAUCUCAAUAAAACUGAGGAUGUGAUACUGAAAUUAGAAAGCCUCCACCAGCAGCCUCAUGUCUGGGAUUUUCUACUUUUACUGCCAAGACUACGUACAAACAACAUUCACUGGGAAGAUGGCAUGCAUGUUGUAGUCCACUUUCUCCAUGCAAUUUUGAAUUCCUUAACAUCCCUAGAAGAUUUAGAUUGGCUGCCACUCAACCACACUUUCUCCCAGGUUUCUGAAAUUGUACUGAAUGUGACCAUUUCAGCACUGACAUUUCUGCAGCAACAUAGAGUAGCAGUCACUGAGUCAGUAUACCACCUGUCCCUGCAGAAUAUGGUGUGGGAUCCACAGAAAGUCCGGUCUGAUCUCCAGUCCCAGUUUGGUUUCGACGAUCUUCACAUAGAACAAGUCCUGAAUUAUUCAGCUGAACUAAAGGAGAUUCCCACAGAGAGCUCACUGGAGAGGAUGGUGUGUUCAGUCUUGUCCAGCACAUCAGAGGACGAAGCUGAGAGAGAGGACCACCAUGGAGACUGUCACCCCAAGUGGUCAGAAGCCAAAAACUAUCUUGUCCGUGCAGUCAGCUGGCUGCGCCUCUACAAACAGGUGUUUGACCAGUGGCUACAGGGUAGCCUGCUUCAGAAGGUACUCACAGGCACGGCCCGCGGUCUGGAGGCUCUCAGGGGUCAGUUUGAAGACAAGAGCAAGCUGUGGAAGGUGGUGGAAGCUUUGCACACUGGGCUGGUCCUCUUGAAUGAUAGCCUCACAGCAGCUGGCCCAGAGGACAACCACACAUCUCCAAAGAUAUUACGACAUCUGCGGAAAUUGCAGAGCGUGCUGCAAAACCUGCCCCAGUGGCCGGCUCUAAAGAGGCUGCUCCAGCUUGAUGGUGCUCUCAGGAAUGCAAUAGCCCAGCAUUUACAUUUUGUCCAAGAAAUCUUCAUUCACUUGGAGAUGUCGGCUGAUUCUAAAUGGUUUGGACCUGACCGAUUGAAACUGGAAAAGGAUGUGUUCUUUUGGGAGUUAAAGCAGAUGUUGUCGAAGAAUGCCACUGAUAUCUGCUCAAAUGGAUGCUUGUCUGAGAAGGAAACCCUCCUGGCCCCUGGAAACUCCAGCAUCUGGGGUGGCCUCAGGGGACUGUUGUGCCAUCACAACUCCUCCAGUGAUACCGGAGUUUUAAACAAGCUGCUUGGUUUAGUAGAGGAUGCUGAUCAUAUUUUGCAAGCGGUCAUUACUGGGCACACAAAUAUGCCAGUUUCACUACCAGGAGGAUAUUUGGGCUGGCAGGAACUCGAGAUGCAGCUGUCAGAAGCAAGCCUUUCCUGUACUCGGCUCUUCCGGCUGCCAGGAGCUGAAGGCUCACCUGGGAAUGGGAGUUUUUCUGGUGUCUGUGAACACCAGCUUGUCUCCACAGUGAUAUUUCACAUACUUGAAAAAGCACAUUUUUCCCUGGAACAAACACCCUACUGGAAAGCCUUCACAAGGUUUAUCAGGAAGACUUGUGAAGUGGUUCAAUAUGUGAAUAUGCAAGGAUGUUUCCAGAAUAGUCUGUUUGCUUUCUCUGAGGAAUCUCCUUGUUACAAAGAAAACAUGGAUUGGAAGAUCAUCAGAGAUAAUUAUUUUACAUUUUUGAAUAACUUACUGAAGUCUCCAAGACUUUCCAUAUCUAGGGCCUUAAAUUUCACAAAGCACCUUCUAAUGAUGGAAAAGAAGUUGCAUAGCCUUGAGGAUGAACAAAUGACGUUUCUUUUAUCAUUUGUGGGAUUUUUGGAGAAAUUAUUAUUGCCUAAUCCUUUUGAUACAUCCAGUGUUCUCCAAUUCCAUAACCUCCCAUCUCUCACCGAGAAUAUUCUAAAUAGAAGUACUUUGUGGAUAAAUCACGUAAAAAGUUUAGAGAAAGAUGCAUCUGCUAUUGAUAUUCAGAAACUUUUGGAAUUUGGCAAAGAGGAGAUUGAAGAAAUGCAGACUUUCAAAAGUCACUGGAUGCAGAAGAAAUCAAGAAAUAUUUUGAGAUUCAUGGAAUUAAUACUUUUCGAAAUUACUCCCAAGCUACUAGAAUUAUGGGUCUAUGGCAUUUCAAAAGAAGAAAGAGCUAAAUUGGGAAAUUUGGCUACACUUUUAAAUUCUUCUGCUCUGGAAAAUGAUAAAAUUCUUAGUAAAAGCUUUAACUUUUCCCAGUUGUUCCAUUCAGAUUUGCCUAAAUCUCCAGCUAUGAAUAUGGACUUUGUACCUUUAAGUGAAACUAUAAUAAAUAAUCUCUAUGAAUUUGGAUUUCUGAAGCAGGAACAAGCCUCAAAAGCUCUAGAUAUAGUCUAUGCUAUAAGAAACGCAUCUGACCUUUUCUCAGCCCUUUCUGAACCUCAAAAACAAGAAGUUGAUAAAAUUUUGACCCAUGUAUACCUACAUGUCUUCAAGGACAAGGAUUCAGCUUUACUUCUGCAAAUUUAUUCUUCAUUUUACCAAUAUGUUUAUAAAUUCUUGAGCAUUCAGAAUAGAGAGCCUUUACUAACUUUCCUUACACAAAUCUCAAAACCCAUUUUGGAUAUCAUAAAGCAAUUUAAUUUUCAAAACAUCAGUAAAGCAUUUGCAUUUUUAUCUGAGACAGUAAGGUUUCUUGGGGGAAUUUCUGAAAUAUCUUAUUGUCAGCAAUUGCUUUCAAUUUUUAACUAUUUGGAACUUCAAGUCCAAUCCCUAAUGUCUACAGAGGGCCACGAAUUCGAAGUGAUCCAUGCUACUCUGACAGGCCUCAAACAGCUGCUCGUAGUAGAUGAGGAUUUUCGCAUUUCUUUAUUUCAGUAUAUGAGCCAGCUCUUCAAUGGUUCAUCAGAAGCCCUGUUGGGUGAUGAAUGCUUUGUUUUGAAUAGUAAAUACAUCUCUUCUCUGAAUUAUUCAACUGAUGAGAGGUCUUCAUUUAUUCUUCUAUGGGCACAAAUUUUUUCAAACCUCUCAGCAAAUGUCAGCAUAUUCAACGAGUUUAUGGCCGUUCACUGUACUGUUUCAUGGCUUCAAAUGUGGACUGAAAUCUGGGGAAGCAUAGCUCAGAUAUUUAAGUUUGACACGAAUGUCUUCACUCCUCUUCAUGUUGGUCUCACUCAGCUUUUGGAUGAAUUGGAAAAUAAUGUGAACAUUUUUAAAAGCUGCCAGGAAAUAUUUCCUACCCAUCGUGCUGUUAGACUCAUAUUAAACGUGUUUAAAAAUGUAACUCAACCUGUUGACUUCCAUAAUUGGGAUGAUUUUCUGUAUCUCAGGGAUCUUUUAGUAGCACUAGGCAAUGCAUCAGUUACAGCAAAAUCUCUUAACCUGGACCAAGUAGAGAAAUCCCUUUUUACCGUGGAAACUGCCCUGCAUCAGCUGAAGAUAUUUCCAUUAAACACAAAUACAAGCAGAAAGUUUUUAUAUUCUCUGUUUGAAGUUUUCAUUGCAUUGAGCAAUACCUCAGAAUACAUAGAUAGAAAUGUUCAUUUGGUAAAUCAUUUCUCAAAUAAUCUCACAAAUUAUGGAGAACAAUUUGAAAGUAUCAUCACUGAGCUAAGAGAAACAAUAUUAUUUCUUAGAAAUGUGUCACAUGAUCCCGCUUUAUUAUCAUGUGUUGAUGUUUUCAAGAAUGUUACUGAAUUUAUUUUAGGAGAUGAGUUAUUGUAUAUAAAUACUUCACAGAGGACAUUGCACAUUCUGGCCAUCUUAAAUUCCACGUUUUCCUCUGAGAACACAAUUAGCAGACUGAAAGGCUGCAUUGCAUGGGUGGAUGUCAUAAACAAUCUGUACACAAUGUAUAACUCAAGUUUCUCACAAGGCCAUCUUCAGAGUAUUCUGGGGAGUUUCAGGGAUAAGGAAAAUGAAAUGAACUCUACAUUGAAAAUUAUGACUUGGGUGUUAAAUAUAAAAGGACCUCUUUGUUCGUUGAAUGAGUCAAAUAUACAUUGUGUAAAUAUUUACUUGAAAGACAUAACAGACUUUCUAAAUAUCAUACUUAGUACAGUCUUUGAAAAAGAGGUGUCAAAAUUUGAGAUUUUAUUAGCUUUAUUAAAUGAUUCCACAAACCAAGUAAGGAUGAUUAUCAACAACUUAACAAGAGACUUUGAUUUUGCAUCUCAAUCCAACUGGAAACAUUUUCCUGAGUUAAUUCUAAAAUCCAUAGAAAUGCCAGACGAAAUUCCUAACCAGUUUCAAAAUAUUUGGCUGCAUUUAAUAGCACUAGGGAAGGAAAUUCAGAAACUUGUGAAAGGUAUUUUUCCUAACAUCCUGGAAAAUAAUUCCUCUUCUAAAAUUGAAGAGUUUUUUAGUAUGCUUGCCACCAGUACAAAGGAAAAGGAUGUAAGCAAUUUAGGCAAUUCAAUUUAUCAUUUAGCUAAUUACCUUGCUCUCAACUUAUCUCGUGAUCUCCAAAAUUCACCCAAAAUAAUUCUAGAUCAAAUAAUGAAAGCUGUGGGCCUUGGUAUUCAAUUGAUGAAGGACGCAUUCACCUCUUUAAUGCCCACAGUUUAUCACAAUAUUCCACAAAAUACAGGCCAUAUCCAAAUUUUAAAGAAGGUAACUUCUCUCAUGCACACUCUCAGACAGGCAGACAUAGACCUUGUAGUAGAUCAGCUUGAACAAAUUAGUGAAAGCGUAAUGGAUUUCUUUAAGGAUAUCAGUGGAGUAGGUACUGGCAAGUUAGGCCUCAACUUGCUUGUUGGCUUGAUGGAAAAAUUUGUAGACAGCUCACAUUCCUGGAAUGUGAAUCACCUGCUGCAGCUCUCACGCCUGUUGCCUAAAGAUGAUGUGAAUGCUGCGGUGGAUAUGUACUACGUGCUUCCUCACGCUGUGAGGUUCCUGCAGAGAGCAGUUGAUAAAAACAUCACGGAGGGCCUCAAGGAUGUCUACAACUUCACACUCCUUCAUGGCAUAAGCAUUUCAAAGAUCACCAAGGAGGACUUUGCUGUUGUGAUAAAAACUCUUUUGGAUACAAUUGAAUUAAUAUCAGAUAAACCAGGUAUCAUUUCAGAGGCUUUAACUUGUCUUCCUAUGGUUUGGUGCUGGAAUCAUACAACUUCUGGAUUCCAGGAGAAUUCAAAGUUUGAAGCCUGUGAUGUCCACAGGUUCAUGUCUUCUUCCUUUUAUAGCAAAGUUACCAAUAUACUUGACCACCUCCACCUGUCUUCACCAGGUAACAAUUCAAAAUGUUCAAAUGAAAGCUUACUAGUGGAAAUAACUAGGACAGUGGUCUGUGUAAUUCAUGAAUUAGCGGACUGGAAUUCCAUUCUUCUAGAGCUGUCUGAAGUCUUCCAUGUUAGAACUUCACUUGUGAAAACUGUGCAAGAAUUUUGGCAUAAGAUGCUACCAUUUAUCCAACUUUCUGGAAGUCAAAGUAAUGACAGUAUCUCUGAACUUUGUCCUCGUGGUCCUAUAAAGCAAGUUGCUUUGCAAAUCAUAGAAAAACUAAAAAAUGUCAAUGUUACAAAAAUUACAUCAGGUGAAAACAUUCUUGACAAACUGUCUAGUUUAAACAAGAUCCAUGACGUUAUUGAAGGCACAGAAACAUCUGCUCAAAAUAAUAUUUCCUUAAAUUUGGAAAGGAUAUUAAAAUCAAUUUCUGGGGAUUGGAGCCUAGAAAAUAGUACUCAUCUACUCUCUCCAUUCAUGAAGCUUGUGAAUGCAAAUCUUACAGGUGGUUUAGAAGCAUUAUCAAGUUUUACUAAAAAAAGUGAAGCAACUUACAACUCUGAAGAUCAGUGGCUUGAUUUUGAACAAACUGUGAAAGACCUAACCCAUGACUUUAGUGUCAAGAACCUGUUCUCUGAAAUUAACAAAGAAAUUCAAAGUGUAAAUUUGGUGGCUCUUCAAAACAUAUCUUUGCAACUUUCUGAUUUUCUGGAAAUCCUGAAUGCAUCAUCACUGAAGAUGUUAGAAAUUAUUGAAGAUUUUCUACUGGUUACAAAAAACUGGCUUUGUGAAUAUGCAAAUGAAGAUUACUUCAGAAUGAUACAAACAUUAUUUGUUCUUAUGACCAAUGAGAGUUCAACCGAUGAUAUAGCUUUGUUGACUAAAGAUAUUACUAGUUUUUUGGGCUAUCUAAAAAAUAUUUCUACAGAAGGCCAUUUUGAUGUUGCCUUUCUUACUCAUUUGCUAAAUCGAGAACAGAUAACUAAUUUCUCAGUUGUUCAGUUGCCUUUUGAAAGCAUCCUAAUUAAUUCAAUCAAUAAGUUAGCUAGGAAUUUUCAAGCAGCAGCCCCAAAUUUAAGUGAUACUGACCUUCACAUAAUGAAUUUCAUUAACCUCACCUUGAAUCAUAUACGAUCAGAAAGUGAUGGGAAGACAAUUUGCCCUCCAAGAAGCAUAGUGGAUUUCAUGAAAUCACUUUUGAAAGCAGUCUUCUCCCUUUUACUAAAGGAAAAUUCUGAGAACAAAAUCUCUCUUCUGCUUAAAGACUUUCACAAAGAUGUUAUUGCAGAAAUGAGUUUUGUACCAAAAGAUAAAAUUCUAGAAAUUCUGAAACUGGACCAAUUUCUUAUCUUGAUGAAAGAAGACAGAUUGAUGAGCAUUUUCUCAAGUGUAAAGGAGACCAUAUAUCAUCUAAUCAAAAGCUCAUUUAUAUUAGAUGGAGAAUUUUAUUUUGAUGGUCAUCGAGGACUGGAGUUCAUGGGAGAUUUAUUCAAUGCCCUUCUAAGGGAAACUUCAGUGAAAAAUAAGACUGAAAAUAACUUGGACUUUCUUACAGUGGUGAGUCAGUUGCUUUUCCCUGUGAAUAGUUCUGAAGACCUCUUCAGACUCAACCAAGAUCUUAGGUCAGCACUUCACCUUGUGAGAGAAAUUUCAACAGAGAUGGCAAGUCUUAUGGAUACUCUUUUAAACUCUCCUUAUAAGCACUUCCAUACCUUGUAUCCUACACUCCAGAAAGUUAUCCUUGCUAAACUAACUGAUUUGCUUUCCCUUUUAAAUAAUUUAUUCCCUCUGAGAAACAGAGCAACAUCACAAAUUACUGAGAGAUUACUUGGUGUUAUUUCAAGAGCCGGUGAAGAAAGUCAUGUUCCAGAACCCUUUUUAGAAAUGUCUAGGACUCUGAGUAUGCUCUUGAGUGACUGUGCUGAACUGAGGAACCUUGCUACGUCAGUGGACUCCACUGUGAAACUUCUUAAGCUAGCCAAGAAAGUUUCAGGGAAUGUGGCCACAAUUUUAGAAAGUCACUUCAUCUCCAAUGCCAAGGACACUAUGAAAUUCUUUGACACUCUCUAUUCCAUUAUACAGCAAAAUGUUCAACAUCUUGUGAAGGAAAUAACUACUUUGAAAAAAGGAGACUAUUUUAUGUUUGAUAAGGCAGAUGAUUUGUUGAUGCCAUUUCUUGACUUGGCCUUUGGGAUGUUUAGAGUCAAACCUAAUAUUUCCCAAGAAUCUGAUAUUUUCAAUAUGUCAUCCAGCAUACUCUCAUAUGUGAAACAGUCCAAGGACUUUUCUGAUACUUUGGAUGAAAUUGCUGAAUUUUUAACUUCUGUGGAAAUCAACUUGGGAGAUGUGGAACAUCUUGUGGUAACACUUAACAAUGGAACUCAGAUAUUUUCUAUGGAUUCUGUGAACUUAUGGGAAGAAAUUCUGGAUUGCUUAGUUCCUAUAAAUAACAUCACCAACCAAAUGGACUUCUUACACCCUAAUCCAAUUUCCACUCAUAGUUCUCAAGAUACAAAAUGGGACAGAAUUCAUGAGCUGAUCAUUUUUUUGGAUAAAAUGUUAUUACAAAACAGCACAGAAAUAGGGACUUACUUGCAAAUGGUGAGUGACCUCACCUUAGAAGCUCUUUGGAAUAGUGUAAAGAAGGAUGAUUGGAAUGUUUUUAAUUUGUUGCUGACAUUUGUUCAGCCUCCAAAUAACCUUUUGAAAACCAUAGAAACAGUUGUAGAGGCCUCCAGUGGAAUUAAACGUGACUAUGGAGGUGAUUUGAAUAAAGGUUUAUUUUUUGACAUGUCUUUGAUUCAGAAUGUAACUCAUCGUGUACUUGAAAAAACAGUCCAGAUGGUGUUAAGUAAAAUAGUUCUCCUGAAGAAAGGGCUUCUCCCAAGCAACUCUCAGUGGAUAAAUACUGUAAGAACUUUGUUUCAGUCACUUUUUGAGAUUUUUAUCGAUACAACUGGAAUGAAAGUCACAUCAGAAAAAGAAGAGAGGACCAAGAAAGAGAUAAUUGAUUUUCCUUUUAGCUUCAAACCAUUAUCAUCUUUUGAGAAACACCUGAGGGGAUUAUUUGUAUUGACUGAAUACUGGCAAAAAGUCCUGCUGACAGAUCAAAGUGUUGUUGAAAUGUGUCAAGUUUUCCAGCAGCCUAUGAAGCCCUUGGAGACCAUUAAGACGCUGCAGAAAGUGGAGAUGAUGGUUUUGCAGGUGCUCGUCAUCUUUGCAGAACACCCUUCCUUGACUAAGGACAUUUUGUGUGCCACUCUGAGUUGCAAGCAAGGCGGGAUAAAGUGUCUCAUUUUAUCUGCUAUUCAUGGGGUCACUUUGGUGCAUGGCCACUACCAGGAAACCGAAAAGAUGUGGUUCUUGCCCAGUCAGCUAAAUUGUGAAAGUCUUAGCAGGAAUCUUUCUAGGACCUUGGAGAGCUUCAAGAGCAACUUGGAAAAUGCCACGGAGCAGGACUGCUCAUGCCAGCCUGUGCUGGAAGCUGCUCAGCAGCGCAUGCUCAUGGAUGCUCAAAUGUUGGUCAAAAGCCUUGAGGAGACUUGGUCAUCAGGGAAUCACAUUAUGACUUUUCUCAGUAAUCUCACAGUAACUGAGGAUGUAAAAGUAAAAGAUUUGUUUAAGAACAUCACCAAGUUAACUGAAGAGCUUCGAUCUUCUGUCCACAUCUCAGAUGAAACGAUCCAUAGUAUUUUGGAAGCAAAUAUCUCCCAUUCAAAGAUUCUUUCCAGUGCCCUUACCAUGGCUUUGUCUGGAAAAUGUGAUCAAGAAGUUCUUCGUCUCCUGCUGACAUUUCCCGAGGAUGAAAAAUCUUCGUUUGCCACCAAGGAACUCUGUGGCCUGCCUGGGUCAGAAGUGUAUGCUCUGAUCGUGUCGAUGGGUCGGAACCUGAACCUGCGCACUUGCAUUUACAAAACUCUGAUACCUUCAGAAGCAAAUGGCUUGCUCAGCUCCCUGUUAGAUGUCAUUUCCAGCCUCAGCUCCUUACUUGCCAAAGCCCAGCAUGUCUUUGAAUACCUUCCAGAAUUUCUUCACACAUUGAAAAUUACUGCCUUUCUAGAUAGUCCGGACUUUCAACAGGUUUCACAAAAUGUCCAGGCCAGAAGGUCAGCCUUUGGUUCUUUUCAGUCUGUGAUGAAGAUGGUUUGCAAGGACCAAGCAUCAUUCCUUAGCAAUUCUAAUAUGUUCAUUAAUUUGCCCAGAGUUAAUGAACUCUUGGAAGAUGACAAAGAAAAAUUCAACAUUCCUGAAAAUUCAACACCAUUUUGCUUGAAGCUUUAUCAGGAAAUCCUACAGUCUCCAAAUGGUGCUUUGGUGUGGUCCUUCCUAAAACCUAUAUUACAUGGAAAAAUACUGUACACACCAGACAUUCCAGAGAUUAACAACGUCAUUCAAAAGGCUAAUUAUACUUUUUAUUUUGUGGACAAGCUAAAAACUUUAUCUGAAACACUGCUGAAAGUGUCCAGCCUUUUCCAGAGAAGUGGAAACAGUCCGAUGUUCACCCAACUUCAGGAAGCUCUAGGAAACAAAUUUGUAAGAAACUUUGUAGAAAGCCAGUUGCACAUUGAUGUGGACACACUUACUGAGAAACUCCAGACAUAUGGAGGGAUGCUGGACAAGAUGUUUAACCAUGGAGAGGCUGGACACUUCCGUUUCUUGGGCCGUGUCUUGGUCAACCUCUCUUCCUGCGUGGUGUUGAACCGUUUCCAUGCUGUGGAGUCUGUUGAUGCCCUGGAGACUAAAGCACAUGAACUCAUGCAGCAGAAUAAUUUUCUGGCCAGUGUUAUAUUCAACAGUUCCUUAGCCAGCAAGAACUUCAGAUCAGAGUCGCUCAAACUGCCGCCCCAUGUCACAUACACAAUUCGGACCAGUGUCUUAUACAGCAUGAGGACAGAUCUGGUAAAAAACCCUUCUUGGAAGUUUCAUCCUCAGAGUCUACCAGCCGAUGGGUUCAAAUAUAACUACAUCUUUGUCCCACUGCAAGACAUGAUUGAAAGAGCCAUCAUUUUGGUGCAGACUGGGCAGGAAGCUCUGGAACCGUCAACACAGACGCAGGCAAUCCCCUACCUGUGCCACACCAGCGACCUAUUCCUGAACCAUGUCGGUUUCUUUUUUCCACUGAUAAUGAUGCUGACUUGGAUGGUGUCUGUGGCCAGCAUGGUACGAAAGCUGGUUUAUGAGCGGGAGAUCCAGCUAGAAGAGUACAUGCGGAUGAUGGGGGUGCAUCCAGCCAUUCAUUUCCUGGCCUGGUUCUUGGAGAACAUGGCCAUGUUGACCCUAAGCAGUGCCGCCCUGGCCUUCAUUCUGAAAACAAGCGGCAUCUUCUUGCACAGCAAUGCCUUCAUCAUCUUCUUCUUUCUCCUGGAUUUUGGGGUGUCGGUUGUCAUGCUGAGUUUCCUCUUGAGUGCAUUCUUCAGCCAAGCCAAUACAGCGGCCCUUUGUACCAGCCUGGUAUAUAUGAUCAGCUUUCUGCCCUAUAUAGUUCUGUUGGUGCUGCAUAACCAAUUAAGUUUUGUCAUUCAGACAUUUCUGUGCUUGCUCUCAACAACCGCCUUUGGACAAGGAGUAUUUUUUAUUACAUUCCUGGAAGGACAAGAGGCAGGGAUUCAGUGGAGUAAUAUGUACCAGGCUCUGGAACAAGGGGGCAUGACAUUUGGCUGGGUUUGCUGGAUGAUUCUGUUUGAUUCAAGCCUUUAUUUUUUCUGUGGAUGGUACUUCGGAAACUUAAUUCCUGGAACUUUUGGUUUAAGGAAACCAUGGUAUUUCCCCUUCACUGCUUUGUAUUGGGAGAGUGUGAGCGGCGUGCUGGAGAAAUGGCAGCACUCUCUCAGUUCCAGUCUGUUCUUCAGUGAGGACUUUGGCAAUAAAGGGCCGUCACCACAGAACAAGGAAGGAGAACUGGAAGGAGGCCCCCCGGGAGUCUCCUUGGUGGCUGUGACCAAGGAGUACCAGGGCCACAAGGUGGCCGUCCAAGACCUCACCCUCACCUUCCACAGAGACCAGAUCACUGCGCUGCUGGGCACAAAUGGCGCUGGGAAAACCACCAUCAUAUCCAUGCUGACGGGGCUCUACCCUCCCUCUUCUGGAACCAUCAUCGUCAAUGGCAAGAACCUGCACACAGACCUGCCUUGGGUCAGAAUGGAGCUGGGGGUGUGUCUGCAGCAGGACGUCCUGCUGGACAACCUCACUGUCCGGGAGCACCUGCUUCUCUUUGCUGCCAUAAAGGCGCCAGAAUGGACCACAAAGGAGCUGCACCAGGAAGUCAAUAAGACUCUUCAGGACGUGGAGUUAACUGGGCAUCAGCACAAGCCAGCCCGAGCCCUAUCUGGAGGCCUGAGGAGGAAGCUGUCACUUGGCAUUGCUUUCCUGGGCACCUCGAGGACCGUGGUUCUGGAUGAGCCCACCAGCGGGGUGGACCCCUGUUCACGUCGCAGCCUCUGGGACAUUCUGCUCAAGUACAGAGAAGGUCGCACGAUCAUCUUCACCACUCACCACCUGGACGAAGCUGAAAUGCUCAGUGACCGUGUGGCCGUCCUGCAGCAGGGGCGGCUCAGGUGCUGUGGGCCCCCCUUCUGCCUGAAGGAGGCGUAUGGCCAGGGACUCAGCCUGACACUCACCAAACAAGCUUCUGUGCUGGAGGCCCCUGAUCAGAAGGACAUAGCUUGUGUUACGUCACUGAUACAGAUCUAUGUUCCACAAGCAUUUCUCAAAGAUAGCAGGAGGGGUGAGCUGACCUAUACCAUCCCAAAGGACACAGACAAGGCUUGCUUCAAAGGACUCUUCCAGGCCCUGGAUCAGAACCUGCAUCAGCUGCACCUGACCGGCUACGGGAUCUCAGACACCACCUUGGAAGAGGUGUUUUUGAUGCUUUCGCAAGAUUCCAACAAAAAAUCUCACCUUGCCCCGAGGACUGAGUUAGAGCUGCAGAACCACAGGCCUGCAGAACAUCCUCCUGGCUCCUAUGGCUGUCCUGCUAGGACCCCAGCUCGGGGAGGCUGGCGGCUCCUCACGCAGAUGUCCGCCCUCCUCACCAAGCGGCUUCGUCACACACUCCGCGCCUGGAAGGGUACGCUCUCGGAUCUGCUGCUGCCGGUCCUCUUUGUGGCCUUGGCCAUGGGCUUGUUCAUGGUGAGGCCCCUGGCCACUGACUACCCUCCCCUCAAACUAACACCCGGCCACUACGAGAGGGCUGAAACCUACUUUUUCAGCAGUGGGAGUGACAACAUGGACCUUACCCAGGUGCUUUUGCAGAACUUUGGACAUCAAGAUGUGCUCUGUGAUGAUUUAAACCCAGAUCUGAAGAAUUCAUCAUGCUGGCAGACAGAUUCCUUUUCUCACCCAAAAUUCCAGGAUUCCUGUGGCUGCCUGAAGUGUCCGGAUGGAAGUGCCAGGGCUCCCUACCUGACCAACCGCCUGGGCCACACGCUGCUCAAUCUCUCGGGCUUCGACGUGGAGAAGUACUUGCUGGUGCCUUCUGAAAGACCAAGGCUUGGAGGUUGGUCCUUUGGAGUGCGAAUCCCUGAUGAAGGUCAAGAAGAGAAUGCAAACAUGUCAAAACCAAGAAGUCUAGCAAAGGUGUGGUAUAAUCAGAAGGGUUUUCAUUCCCUACCUUCCUACUUAAAUCAUCUAAACAACCUUAUUCUGUGGCGGCACUUACCCCCCUCUGUGGACUGGCAACAGUAUGGAAUAACGCUCUAUAGCCACCCGUAUGGAGGGGCCUUGCUGAACGAGGACAAGACCCUGGAGAGCAUCCGUCAGUGCGGCGUUGCCCUGUGCAUAGUGCUGGGCUUCUCUAUCCUGUCUGCAUCGUUUGGCAGCUCCGUGGUGCGGGACAGGGUGACAGGAGCCAAACGGUUGCAGCACAUAAGUGGCCUUGGCUACAGCACAUACUGGUUCACUAACUUCCUGUUUGACAUGCUUUUUUACUUGGUUUCUGUCUGCCUGUGUGUCGCCGUGAUUGUCGCCUUCCAGUUAACAGCUUUUACUUUCCGUGAGAACUUGGCAGCCACGGCCCUCCUGCUGGCACUUUUUGGCUAUGCAAUGCUUCCAUGGAUGUAUCUGAUGUCCAGAAUCUUCUCGAGCUCGGAUGUGGCUUUCAUCUCUUACAUCUCAUUGAAUUUCAUCUUUGGCCUGUGCACCAUGCUCAUGACUGUCAUGCCCCGGUUACUGGCCAUCGUCUCCAAAGCUCAGAAUUUACAGAACAUCUAUGAUGUCCUCAAGUGGGUCUUCACUAUUUUCCCUCAAUUCUGCCUGGGUCAAGGACUGAUAGAGCUCUGCUAUAAUCAGAUUAAAUAUGACCUGACCCAUGACUUUGGCAUUGAUUCCUACGUGAGUCCCUUUGAGAUGAACUUCCUUGGUUGGAUCUUCGUGGAACUGGCCUUGCAGGGCACGGUUCUUCUCUUAUUAAGGAUUUUGCUGCACUGGGACCUUCUGUGGCAGUCAAGAUAUCACUCUGUCCCCCAAGGCACAGUCAAGUCUUCGAAGGACAUAGAUGUUGAACAGGAGCAAACGAGGGUGUUUAGAGGAAGUGCCCAUGGAGACAUCCUUGUGUUAUACAACCUUAGCAAAAGUUACCGAAGCUUUCUCCAGAAGACCACUGCUGUGCAGGGUAUCAGUUUGGGCAUAGCAAGCGGAGAGUGCUUUGGGCUUCUAGGGGUGAACGGAGCUGGGAAGAGCACCACAUUCAAAAUGCUGAACGGUGAGGUUCCCCCGACGUCGGGGCAUGCCGUCAUCAGGAGUCCCACAGGAGAUGUGGAUCUAUCUUCUGCUGGCAUGGCAGGUGUUCUCAUUGGCUACUGUCCGCAGCAGGACGCCCUGGAUGAGCUUCUGACUGGGUGGGAACAUCUCCAUUAUUACUGCAGCCUGCGUGGGAUUCCAAAGCAGUGCAUCCCUGAGGUUGCUGGAGACCUUGUGAGGCGCUUACACCUUGAAGCCCAUGCGGACAAACCUGUGGCCACCUACAGUGGGGGAACCAAGCGGAAACUCUCUACAGCCCUGGCUCUGGUGGGGAAACCUGACAUUCUUUUACUGGAUGAGCCCAGCUCCGGGAUGGAUCCCUGCUCUAAACGAUACCUGUGGCAAACAAUAAUGAAGGAGGUUCAGGAAGGUUGUGCUGCAGUGCUGACCUCCCACAGCAUGGAAGAAUGUGAGGCUCUUUGCACAAGAUUGACCAUCAUGGUCAAUGGCAGCUUCAAGUGUCUUGGUUCUCCUCAGCACAUUAAAAAUAGGUUUGGGGAUGGUUAUACGGUCAAGAUUUGGCUCUAUAAAGGAACAAAUGAGCACAGUGCUAUUUCUGACUGCUUGAAGCUCCAUUUUCCAGGAAUCCAAUUUAAGGGACAGCGCCUUAAUUUAUUAGAAUAUCAUGUGCCAAAAAGGUGGGGAUGCUUAGCCGACCUGUUCAAAGUUCUAGAAAAUAAUAAGACCUUCUUGAAUAUCAAGCAUUACUCCAUUAACCAAACCACUUUGGAGCAGGUAUUUAUUAAUUUUGCUACUGAGCAGCAGCGCACUCCGCAAUCUACUCUCCAUCCGUCCGCUGACUGUCAUCACCCACGUCACCUACCUAUAUAAGCACUAGAGAAGAAAUUUCGUGAGGAACGACACCUUGUCUUUCACAGCAAUUAAUACUGAAGGAUCAGAAAUGCAUGCACACAGCAGAGGCGCUGGAAGAUAUGCUCCAGGCAGUCAAGUUGCAUUUUUUUCAUAAUUUUCUAUUUUGAAACUUUGUUAAUUAAGAACCAGCAGACUGGAAGGUCAAUCUUUUCUGUAGACUUUUGGGGAGUUCCUCCAACACAUUUACUCUCUUGGACAAGCCAGGUGAGUGCCAGCAUCUUCAUGACCAAGGCAUGAUUGAAUUGACAGAAUCCAAAUGAGACACUGUGGAGCAGGAAAGGUUGUCACAGAUUAUCCACUCCAAACAUUUAAUUUUACUUUUAAGGAAACUGAGGCACUCCAAAGUUAAGAAAAAAACUUUCCUAACUUAUAUAAACAAAUU